GUUGUGAUCGCUUUGUUAUUGUUGAUAUUGGUGGUGCGAUUUAACUGAGGUAGCUGGUGAUGUAGCUGAACUUCAACGAAAUGUGAUUGUCAUGUUGGUUUUUUUCUUUUAGCUAGCUUUUAACAGUAGAUUGACAAAUACACACAGGAUGGAUUUAAUGGACUUUUUUGAUCUUUCAAAAGAGUUCAAACCUGUGCUUGUGGAAGGUAGUCAGACUCAAGUGCAGCUGAAGGAGCUCAGGCAAAAUAUUGUUAUUGAAGAGUACAAAAAGACACACAAAGGAAAGGAAUAUGCCACAGAAUAUCAGAAAAUGGAAGAAGAGGAAAUAAAAGGGGCAGCACAAGCGGGCCCUGUAAAGUCAGGUGAGAAUUAUCUUUCUCAGUUGGAAGAAUUAACAAGUGUUUUUUCAACUGGCAAUAUUGAUGACCUUAUGCAAGAGGAACUGACACAAGUUUAUGAUAAAUAUGACUUUGAUCAGAAAGCUAAAAAUGUCCUUCCUAUUCUGGAACAUAAGCAAAAGAUUGUUUCUGUUAUUGAGACAAACCAGGUCACUAUAAUUCAAGGAUCUACUGGGUGUGGGAAGACAACACAAGUGCCUCAGUUUAUUUUAGAUUCUUGUCGUGAGAAAAAUAAGCCCUGCAGAAUUAUUGUGACUCAACCAAGAAGGAUUGCAGCAAUAACAGUUGCAAGACGAGUUUGCCAAGAACGUAAUUGGGAACUAGGUUCUGUUGUUGGUUUCCAGGUUGGUCUGAAAGCAGAAACUUCGAGUGAUACUCUUAUUCUGUAUUGUACAACAGGUGUACUGCUUCAAAAAUUGAUUGGCACUAAACAUAUGAGUAACUUUACUCAUGUCAUAUUAGAUGAAGUCCACGAACGAGAUGAAGAUACAGAUUUUGCAUUGUUGGUUGUCCGUAGGCUGUUGCGCACAGCAUCUCCACAUGUUAAGGUUGUUCUGAUGUCUGCAACUAUUAAUGUUGGAAGAUUUUCCAGUUACUUUUCAUUUCCUAUGAACAAUAAAUGGGAGCCAGCUCCUGUUAUAGAUCUUGAUAAGUACAGAACAGGAAGACGUAAUUACAGAAUCAGUAUUUACUAUUUGUGUGAACUGAAGAAGAUUGGGCCUCUUCCAGAAGUCAGAAAAGACGAGCCUUGUAUAACAGAAGAAGGCUAUAAUGUGGCAACCCGCCUUAUUAAAGAAUUUGACCGGCUUGAAGAACAAGGAAACAAUACAUCAAAAGGUGCUGUCUUGGUAUUUUUACCAGGGAUUCUGGAAAUAGAAAAACUUUAUAUACUUUUGGACAACUUCUCAAAGAAUUACAAGUGGUGGGUGAAACCACUCCAUUCAACAAUCACAACAGACGAACAGGAAAUGGUAUUUCAGCGACCUCCCCCAGGUUACAGAAAAAUAAUCCUUUCCACAAAUAUUGCAGAGAGCUCUGUAACAGUUUCAGAUAUUGUAUACGUGAUUGACUUCUGUUUGACCAAAGAACUUUUUUGUGAUCCCGAUACAAACUAUUCGAGUUUGCAGUUGACAUGGGCAGCUAAGACAAACUGUAUUCAGCGUGCUGGUCGCUCUGGUCGAGUAGCUGAUGGCCGAGUGUACAGACUUGUCCCAAGAGAAUUUUACGAUAAAUGCCUUGCACAGGAAGGCGUUCCUGAGAUACUUCGUUGUCCUCUUGCAAAAACUGUUCUCCAUGCAAAACUACUAAAUAUGGGAGAACCCAAAGCUUUACUUGCACUUGCAAUGGAUCCACCAGACCUCAGUAAUAUUGAAAGCACCAUCCUGUUACUCAAGGAGGCAGGUGCACUUUUACCAACUGUGAGUGGUCAAUAUUCAGAUCAUGAUGGUGAUAUUACUUUUAUGGGACGUGUGAUGGCCAGGUUACCUGUAGAUGUUUACAUUGGCAAACUUAUUUUACUUGGACAUGUUUUCAGUGUUCUUGGUGACUGUAUUAUAAUGGGUGCGGCUAUGUCAGUGCGGAGUAUGUUUAGCACUCCCUUCCGAGAGCGAAUGGCAGCAUACCACUCGAAACUGACAUGGGCAGAUAGCUCAUGUUCUGACUGUAUUGCAUUUCUUAAUGCUUACAAGGUUUGGCAUCAUCAUAAAGUGAGUGGUUUCUUUAAGCGGUCUGCUGGAGGUGGAGAUCUUUCGUGGUCAAAGCGCUAUUUUAUUCAGCUUAGUGCAAUGCAGGAAGUGGAUGUCCUUGUCACAGAUCUCAAACAAAGAUUGAAACAGAUGGACAUUGAAGAAACGGUAGGACCAGAGAGGGUUCGGUGGACGGAGACUGAAUACUCAUUGGUUUUGAAGAUAGUCAUGGCUGGAGCGUUCUAUCCCAACUACUUUGUGCGCAGUGCCCAAGGGGGACAAGUAGAUGAACGUGAAGCUGUUAAAGAGUUGGCUGGACACAAUCCCUACAAUUCAGUUUUUCUUCAAGGCAUGCCCAUGAAUCAACCUGGUAUUUUGUAUGUACGAAGCAUCAAAGAAGCACUGAAAACAUGUGCAAAGGACAUGAAGGUGUCUUUUGAUGGGUCGACGAAAGUAUAUAUUGAAUUUGGACAAACUUUCAAUGAACGGGAUGACCGUAACUUGGAUGCGACUAUACCAGGAAAAGUUUCCAUGGCCGUAUACAGAGCAGUAAAACUUCGCCAAUUAAAAAUACCAGUUAUACUUAACUUGAUGCUACCUCAUCUGGCUGCUGAAAGGGUGAAGAAGUUGGGGUUGUCAUCAAAGGGUGCUAUGCUGUCUUUAGAGACGAGAGGCAUAGAACGAAAAAGUGAGCAACUCCUCCCAUCAAUUUCGACAAGUUCCAUGGAAAUUGCAAUAACGCAUGUGAUUGAUCCUGGUCAUUUCUGGGGAAGAAAGGCCGAUGAAUACACUACACAAAGAGAAGUUUUAUUGCUCACAGAACUGAACAACCAAAUGCUACCAUGUCUAUCAGAACGACCAAAAAUCGGGGCAGUUUAUGUUGCUCCUUACAGCGACAAUCCAAAUGCACGUAAGCUGUACUAUAGAGCACGAGUUAAUGCAAUCAAUCCAAGAAAAGGAAAGGAACAUUUAGUAGAGGUGUUUUUCAUUGAUUAUGGAAAUACGGAAUUUGUGACAUUAAGUGACCUGAGGAAUUUCUCUGAGAAAAACAUGGAAGAUGGUGUGCAUACAAUCCUGCCACUUGCAUGUGAGUUUGUGUUGUCUGAAAUAAAACCAUCUAUUCUGAAAAAUCCCCGAGGAGUUUGGUCAGAUGAAGCCCAUGAAGCAUUCAGGGAGCUUACAGAAGGAAAAAUAUUUACAGCUGAGAUCUACUCUGUUGUUCACGGGGUGAUUUCUGUUGAGCUUUUUAAACAUUAUAAUGGCCUGAAAACGAAGAGCAGUGUGAACAAGAACUUAAUAGAGGAGGGUUAUGCCGAACCGGCAGAGGAAAGUUUCUUGUCAAAGAUAAACCAUGAUCUACGUCUUCAGCAUAAAGAAUGGACAAAUGAGCAGAAGCUAGCUUACAACCGUCAACAAGAGACUAAUUUGCCGUGGGUGGAGGAAAUAGAGCCUGAACCGCCGAGACCUGAAGAAUGUCGCAUAAAGGUGGAAUUAAAGGGACCCAGAAGCCCUCUAGAAAUGAAAUUAUAUAACCUGACCAGAGCUGGCCAGAGGAGAGAUGUUGGUGUGGAGUGGAAUUCUGUCAAUUCCGUACUUCUUGACACAGAUCCUCAAGAUCCACAUGAGAGGAUGCUUGUAGCAGCUACAGUUUCCUUAAACCCAGCUGGUGAUCGUAUGAACCUAAGGCAUACCACAUUGAUGCCAAAUAUUCAUGGGCUUCCAGCACUCUUGUGCCUUAUUUUUGCCCCUGAAAUAGAACUCAGGACUAAUGAGGCAGUAACACAGUACACUGGUGCCUUAUGCGGUCUGGGAUGCAAUCCAGACACAAACAAGCCUAUAUUCCCAGAUCAUGACCUGGAGGUCACAUUUGACACAGAAAUCACCAUUAGUGAUAUUCAGAAUAUCAACCGGCUUCGUUACUGGAUGUCAAUGGCACUUUACACCGAGGAAUACCAAGAAACAUUGGAAGCUGGAGCUUUGAAUAUUAAUACAUAUCAGCGAAAAGUAAAGGAAAUACUUUUUGAGCUCCUCAAAGUAAAAAGAAAAGAUGUUCCAAUGGUUGUGCCAUUGUCACAGUUUGCUUGGAAGUUGGCACCAAAACACCUCCUCCUCAGUCCAGGAGAUGCUCCUGGGGUAGAUCGUAUUAUAUUCAGACUUCACUGGGCAAUAGAACUGCAAGAAGAAGACGAACAACACGUCUGGAUGAAGCAGCAUCUUGAGCAGCUACACUCUCUUGUUAAAAUGCCUCAUCUGAAAAAAAUAAUUCAGUGUAAACUGUGUGAUGUGGAAGUGAAUGGGACAUCUUCUCUGAAGAUUCACUUGGAAACUGAAUUGCAUAAAGGGAAGGAGUCAACUUUUACACACUACUGUUAGUGUGUAGUAUCAAAAGCCUCUUUAUAUUAGAUAAUGUCUUGUUUUGGAUAGACUACAUGUUCCUGUUGGAAGGUUGUUGUGAUGUAAUAUUUGUAUUUUGGGACAAUGUUGGGACUUGAAUCUACUAGUUUUUAUACAAAGAAGAAUUUUUUAUUUUAUUUUGACGAAAGAGUGAUUUGAAAAGAAAAUGAAACAAAACUUUUGUACCAUAAUAAGUUUCUAUAUGGACAGUAAGUUUCAUAUAGUGUAUGUGAAAGAAAUGUGCCCAGAACUCAAGAAUUUGUGUACAGAUUUUUGCAUUGUUUCACUUUAUUAUAUUUAUGUUGCACAUUAUUUUUCUGUGAAGGGAACAGGAAUCAUUUGUAUUUUUCUCUUCAUCUCACUUUAUCUUAACUAUUAUUCCAAAGCUAUUUCCAGUGUUUAUAUCAAUCUUCAGUACUUAAAUUAUGUGCAGUAAUUUGUUAGUUACAGUUUAUUCAUCAGUAUUAUAACAAAGACAAUUGUAAUUGUGAAACUCCUAGUUUGUGCAACUCUGUGAACAAGUGAUUGUGAUCUGUGUCAUUGUUAUUUGUAAAUAUUAAAAUUGUAUUGUAAGUAUUUUGUUCGUAA